AUGCAGAUUCGGAAAGUGUCAGUCGUGACCGUGCUUGUGCUAGUGGCGCACGUGGCCAACGGUUUCUUCUUCAAGAAGCACCAGAAGAAAGUAGUGCACUAUGCUCCGCACUAUGCUCCGCACCAUCCACCACCACCGCCGCCUCCGCCACCGGCGCCAGUGCAACAUUAUACGGCCUACUAUCCAGCAGUCCCAGUCAGCUAUCAUCAACAACCAACCUACGACUACUAUGCGCAGGCUCCGGCACCGGUGCCGGCCGCAGCACCGCCAGUACCGGUUCCUUCGGCACCGGUGCCAGUAUCGCCCGUAGUGAUUCCUCCAGCGCCGGCACCAGCCGUGCCCGUAUCGCUUCCUCCAGCACCGGUACCGCUAGCGCUUCCUCCAGCACCCGCACCAGUCGCGCCCGUCACCCGCUCCUGUCGCGCCCGUAUCGCUUCCUCCAGCACCGGUACCGCUAGCACUUCCUCCAGCACCCGCACCAGCCGUGCCCGUGUCGCUUCCUCCAGCACCAGUACCGCUAGCGCUUCCCCCAGCACCCGCACCAGUCGCGCCUGUAUCAAUUCCUCCAGCACCCGCACCAGUCGCGCCCGUGUCGCUUCCCCCAGCACCCGCACCAGCCGCGCCCGUAUCACUUCCUCCAGCACCCGCUCCUGUCGCGCCCGUAUCGCUUCCUCCAGCACCGGUACCGCUAGCACUUCCUCCAGCACCCGCACCAGCCGUGCCCGUGUCGCUUCCUCCAGCACCGGCACCGCGGAAUCACUUCCGUCGACAUCAUGCUCCGGUGGCAGCAGCAGCAGCAGCAGCUCGGCCACCAGUAGCUCAUUCAGCGACGCCGGUAGCACGGUCGGCGUCCAGGGUUUGCCCGCCUUCGAGCCAGCGUAUUUCGCCGCCGAUCAGCCAUCGUACGCUUCAUCGUCGGCCUCGUCGUCGGCCUCGUCAUCGUCGUCCGCUUCCGCAUCGUCCGCGGCUUCCUCGGGUGCCACCUUUGUGCCACUGACCGCGACCGGGGGACUACUGGAAGCGGCAGGGCCGGUCGAGGUCGUGCCAGCCAUUGGCUACAAGAUGGGCAGCUCGACCGACUACAUCGAGGUGAUCCGAUCGGAGGGCCGGUACAUUGCACUCGAACCGGAAACGACCAGUAUCGACGCGGACGUGCAGCUUAUCCCGGUCGGUGCGAUCCAGAGCGCCAACGGCAUCCCAGCCACGGUUUUCGACGAUUCCACCGCAUCAUCUGCCUCGUCUGCGGCCAGUUCGGCGGCAGCCAGCUCUUCCUCUUCCGCUGCCUAUUCCUCUGCCGCGUCAUCGGCGACGGCAUUUGCCGAUGCCAACGAGGAGCUCGCCUACAAUCUGGUGCCACCGGCGGACUUCGAGGUGUCCGAAAAGCGCCACAAGAAACACAUCGCCCCUAGGGUGGAGGCCGCCGUACGACCUAGGGUAAACCAGUGGCAACCGGUGGGCUACGAUUCGCCCGUCGGUUACAGCCGAGUAUCAUUCCAGUAA